AUGAAACCCAGCUCCGAACGGAGGGCAUCGGCCCCGGUACGCAAGCGAGCACAAGAUGGAGCACGACCCGGGGGAAGUUUGGAGACUCCCGGACCGUCCGGUUUGCUGCGCAUUAACCGCCGAGCACAUCCGGAACAUAAUACCAAGCAAAUCUGGCGCGAACUAAACAUGCCAACUGAUUGUGACUUCCUGGGGCCGAAUGUGUUUAGUCUGCCGGAGAGGUUAUUGCGCCAUAGCACCAAGAUGCGCCCAUCGCCGUUGGCACGCCCAAAACCGGAUCGAAAUGCGGAUAAGAAGAAGAUUCGUUCAUAUACCGCAUUGCGGAAGGAUCGUGAAGAUUUUCGCCGACGGUUGGUACGAUUGAUCGUGCGCAAGGAGCAUGAAAGGGACGAUCCGGAAAACACAUUCCCGAAUGUGGAGGAGCGUGAAAUGUUGCGAUAUUAUCACUACAUUCGCCACGGCAUCGAUACCGUGCACGUAUCGCCCAUUGAUAAGCGAGUUUUGCAGCGCGUGCUACGCUUGAUACCGAAGAACUUGAGCCGCUGGAAGCAGGCAUUGCGUGACAUUAUCGGGGAGAUCAAGGAAGAUUACUCGUUUGCGGUCAGGAAGGCGGUGGUUGAUUUCGUUCUGGGCGACGCGAUGACCAAGUAUGCCCGAAAGGAAGAAAUCACGCCGGGACGGUUGGAAAUUAAGGAGCUGCGCCUCAAGUGGAAACACCGAUACGAUGAGAACCACGCCAAGAUUAAGCGGAACCUGUUCUCGAUCAAUGCCUGUUCGGAGCAGAUUCUGGAACUGUGGGAUACAACGUUCAAAAAGAUGUUGCUUGUGAACGUGGAAGAAUUGGAAGCGAAGGGUGAAGCGUACGAUUUGACGGAGUUUACGUCCACGGUGAACCAACAGAUAGAGGAAACUAGGCUAACGCUGUCGGAUAAAUGGUACGGUGCGAUAAAGACGAUAUUCCAGAAAGGCAUCAAGAAGAAACUCAUCCCGGACGAUUCAAAACCGAAGAUGCUGAAGAAGUUCUUCAACUCGCUAGCAACACUCAUGACAAGGCAGUUGCAGAAUCUGUGCAUUAGCAGCAUUGAGUCGUACACUCAUUACAUCUGCGACGUUGGGCGCACGAACCAAGGAUUUCGAUUAACGAUUUUAUUGGAAAAUCAAGAUACUCUAUCGUUCAUACCCAGUUUUCCUAGGUUUCAGAUAGAGAUAUUGAAAAUUAUCGAUAACAUUGUUAAAUCGGUAAAAAGCUUUCCCCGUAUUGAGCGACAAAUUUAUCCCGACUUACCAUGUCCACAUGAAACGUUAAGGCCUGAAAUACCACCCGAAGUGAUUAAUGUGUGCAAGGAGAAGAUACACGACGUCCUCGAGGAGCAACGUAUAGGGCCCGAGCUGCGCAUGCAGGACUUCGACAACUAUAUGACCCUAAUGAACGGUUCCGACAUCGACGACAUCGAACGGUUCAUGGAGAAGCGGCCCAGCUUCGAGGAGUACUGCACGUACAUACAGCGCUACAAAAAGAUGGAACAUGAUGUGGCACGCGAUAUCUACGGUGUCGUGUCGAUGGGCUUUUACGAGUUUCAUCGCGAAGGGUUGAUAGACACCCUCGAAGGUUUGGCCAAGUUUAUGCAGCAAGAGCUGAUUGCAAAAAUGACAGCAGAUCAGCAGAGCGGUGCCCACCAGCUGGCGAUCGAGUAUGAAGCGAUCUCGACCAAGAUUAUCACGAUACCGAAGGAUACGGUCGAGCUAAUGACGCUGAAAGCGUACGCGAUCAAGAUGGAAGAGACGACGAUACCGGAGAUGGAAGAGCGGCUCAAGAAGAAUCUGCACCACUUGCUGUAUCUUACCGACUACACCAUAUUUACGCCUCUGGAGAUCAAGCAGAACAAUAACACCUUCCAGUGGUACAUGAAGAUGCCCACAAUCUUCCAAGAUCACAAAAACAUCAUCGCCGAGAAGGUGAUCGAGUAUCAGGAUGCGCUGAAGCGCCGCAUCGAAAGCUUCCGGCGUGAUUUGGAGCUCUUCUGGCAGCAGGUGAAGGAGUACGACUCUUGGGGUGACAUCAAGAACUUGCAGAAAUAUAAGAAGAAGGCCACGGCACUGGACAACAAAUUAGUUGCCGCGAUGGAUAAGAUCGAUCAUAUUAAUGAAGAGGAGACGGCCUACGGCUGGGAACUUUCACAGUAUCCGAUCCGAAAGCAGUGUCACGAUAAGCUGGCACCGUACAAACAGCUUUACGAUGCCGGACAGGAGUUUAUGGAUAAGCACGACCUGUGGAUGCACUCGCAGGUUGGUUCGCAUGAUCCCGAGCAGAUCGACGAUACGGUAGGAUCGCUCUAUCGGACGGUUUAUAAGCUUGAGAAACAUUUCUCCGAUUCGUAUCAAACGCAACGCUUGGCGCAUGAUAUCAAAACCCGUAUCGACCAGUUUAAGACGCAUAUGCCGAUCGUGCAGACAUUGGGCAACCCGGGCAUGAAGGAGCGUCACUGGGAGCAGGUGUCUGAAAUCAUUGGCUUCCCGAUACGCAUAUCCGCCGAGCUUACGCUGGAGCGUGUGAUCGACUACGGACUGGACGACUACAUACAGCGCUUCGAAACCAUCUCCGAGAGUGCUACCAAGGAGAACAAUCUGGAGAAGGCAAUGAUCAAGAUGGUGAACGAGUGGAGUGAUAUGGCCUUCGUGGUACUGCCGUAUCGUGAUACUGGAACGUACAUCCUAUCCGCAAUCGACGACAUCCAGGUACUGCUGGACGAUCACAUCAUCAAGACGCAAACGAUGAAAAGCUCGUUGUACAUUAAACCGUUCGAAAAGGACAUAAUUGCGUGGGAAAAGAAGCUGAUGCUGUUGCAGGAUAUCCUCGAUGAUUGGCUGAAGGUGCAGGCGACCUGGAUGUACUUGGAGCCGAUCUUUUCGAGCCCGGACAUUCAAUCGCAGAUGCCGGAAGAGGGUCGCCGGUUCAGUGCGGUCGACAAGAUCUGGAAGGAUCUGAUGAAGUCGGUCCAGGCCGAUACGAAGGUUUUGGUGGUGCUGGAAAUAGACAAAAUGUCGGAGAAACUGAAGAAAUCCUACGGUCUGCUGGAGAUCAUCCAGAAGGGCCUGAACGAGUAUCUGGAGAAGAAGCGGCUUUUCUUCCCCCGCUUUUUCUUCCUGUCGAACGACGAGCUACUCGAGAUACUGUCGGAAACGAAAGAUCCGACCCGUGUCCAACCGCACCUGAAGAAGUGCUUCGAGGGUAUUGCAUCCCUCAACUUCACCGAUGCACUCGACAUUACGGUUAUGCGUUCGAGUGAGGGCGAAGAGGUGGAUCUGAUUGAGGAAGUGUCCACGGGCAAGGCGAAGGGCCAGGUGGAAAAGUGGUUGCUUGAUCUGGAGCACUCGAUGAAGAAGAGCAUCCAUCUGAAGGUUGGCAAAUCGUACGAGGCGUACACGGAGACGGAACGCCACAAAUGGGUACUGAUGUGGCCGGGACAGUGUAUACAGUGCAUUUCGUGUGCAUUCUGGACACUGGAGACUACGAUGUGUUUUGACAGUGAAGAGCCACUGGAAGCGUUGGAGGAAUAUCUGGAAACGUGCAAAGUUCAGAUCUCCUUCAUCGUGGACUUGGUGCGUGGGAAGUUGGCGAUGCAGAAUCGUCUCACGCUGGGCGCACUGGUUGUAUUGGAUGUGCAUGCGCGUGACGUACUGGUCGAUAUGAUCGAAAAGAAAACGACCCAGGUGGAUGACUUCAAUUGGCUUGCACAACUUCGGUACUAUUUCGAGGAUCAAAAUUUAGCCACCCGGAUGAUCAACUCAACUCUUAUGUAUGGCUAUGAAUAUUUGGGCAACACGGCGCGUCUUGUCAUUACGCCACUGACAGAUCGCUGCUUCCGCACACUUUUCGGCGCGCUCCAUCUGCAUCUUGGAGGCGCUCCCGAGGGUCCCGCCGGUACCGGCAAAACUGAGACGACGAAAGAUUUGGCUAAAGCCGUGGCGAAGCAGUGCGUCGUGUUCAACUGCUCCGACGGGUUGGACUACAUAGCGUUGGGUAAAUUUUUCAAAGGUCUUGCAUCGUGCGGUGCAUGGUCCUGUUUUGACGAGUUUAAUCGUAUCGAUCUGGAGGUGCUAUCGGUGGUAGCGCAACAAAUUCUUACCAUCCAGCGUGGCAUCAACUCUGGCUCCCCGACGAUGGUGUUCGAGGGCACGACGCUUAACCUCGACCCGAGCUGCGCAGUGUUCAUUACGAUGAAUCCCGGGUACGCCGGUCGAUCGGAGCUUCCGGACAAUCUGAAAGCGCUGUUCCGUUCGGUAGCCAUGAUGGUGCCGGACUAUGUGUUGAUCUCGGAGAUUGAGCUGUACGCGUACGGUUUUCUGAACGCGAAGCCCCUCGCAGUGAAGAUCGUCGCCACGUAUCGGCUAUGCUCGGAGCAGCUGAGCUCGCAACCUCACUACGAUUAUGGUAUGCGGGCGGUUAAAUCGGUACUGAAGGCGGCCGGUGCCCUGAAGCUACGCUACCCGGACGAAUCGGAAGACAUAUUGGUGUUGCGUUCGAUCAAGGAUGUAAAUUUGGCAAAAUUCCUCAACCAAGAUGUGCCACUGUUCCAGGGCAUCAUAUCGGAUCUGUUCCCGGGUGUAGUGCUUCCGAAGCCGGACUACGCAGUGUUCGAUGCCGCCGUGCAGAAGGCUUGCGAGAAGAACAACAAGCAGUUCACGCCGUUCUUCCUAGAGAAGGUGCAGCAGCUGUACGAGAUGAUCGUGGUGCGACACGGGCUGAUGAUCGUUGGGCCACCGCUGGGCGGGAAAACGACCGCCUAUCGUAUUCUUGCCGAAGCGUUGGCCACCAUUGAGGAGCUGGGCGAGAUGGGUGAGCACCGGGCACAGUACACUGUGAUGAACCCGAAGGCCAUAACGAUGGGUCAACUGUAUGGGCAGUUUGAUCCUGUUUCGCACGAAUGGAGCGAUGGCAUAUUGGCGGUAAGCUACCGGCACUACGCGCAGAGUACCAGCACGGAUCGCAAGUGGCUGAUUUUUGAUGGUCCAGUUGAUGCGAUCUGGAUCGAGAACAUGAACACAGUGCUGGACGAUAACAAGAAGCUGUGUCUGAUGUCGGGCGAAAUCAUACAGCUAUCGUCGACGACGAACUUGAUCUUUGAGGUGAUGGACCUGGAUGCGGCCUCGCCGGCUACGGUGUCCCGCUGUGGUAUGAUCUACAUGGAACCGUCCUCGUUGGGAUGGGAGCCGGUGCUGGAGUCGUGGAAGAACACGCUACCACCGGCACUGCACUCGAUGAACAAGCAGGUCAUCACGCAAAUGUUUCACCGCUUCUGCCCACUGUUGCUGUGGUUUGUGCGCAGAGGUGGCGGCUUGCGGGAGAUGAUGCCGACGAGCGAUUCGAACCUGGUCUUGUCCGUGAUGCAUCUGUUCGAUUGCUUCAUGGACGAUUAUCGGAACGAGGCGUACAUGAAGGCCGUCUCGGAGGUGGACGUGCGGGCACAGCUAGAGGGUGUGUUCUUCUUUUCCUGCAUUUGGGCUAUUGGCGGCCCGCUCGAGACCGACAGUCGGGCCAAAUUUAGCGAGCUCUUCCGCGCACUGACCGAGAAAGUGUUUCCACCGGAGCUGAACGAGAAGUUCCGCAUACCGGAGCAUCUGCAGGUGCAGCCACUGUCGAAGCCAUUCAUCUUCCAGAUCCCGAAAGGCGGCACCGUGUUCGACUACCGAUUCACCAAGGAGGGUAAGGGUAAAUGGCGCCCGUGGGCCGAGGAGAUCAGCCAGAGUACCAGCAUCCAGCGGGACGUGCCGGUGAAUCAAGUGAUCGUGCCGACGAUCGAAACGAUACGCAUCGGCGCACUGCUGGAGCUGCUGGUGCAGCACGGCAAGUGUCUGCUGCUCGUCGGUCCCACGGGCACUGGGAAGAGCGUCUACACGAUCGACUUCCUGCUGAAGCGCAACGAUACUAACAUCUUCAAGCCGCUCUUGAUCAGCUUCUCGGCGCAAACCACCGCCAACCAGGUGCAGGACAUCAUCAUGUCCAAGCUGGACAAACGCCGCAAGGGAGUGUUUGGUCCACCGCUCGGCAAGAAGUGUGUCGUGUUCAUCGACGACGUGUCGAUGCCGCUGAAGGAAGCGUACGGUGCGCAGCCACCGAUAGAGAUUGUGCGCAUGUGGCUGGAUCACUGUCUGUGGUACGAUCGGAAGGACGUAACGGCGAUGAAGCUGGUCGAUCUGCAGUUGAUGUGUGCGAUGGGACCGCCAAGCACGGGCAACACGGUAUCGCCCCGGUUCUCCCAGCACUUCAACGCGAUCGCGAUGGACGAGUUCGACGAUCAGACACUGAUCGGUAUCUUCAGCAAGAUAGUGCUGUGGCAUCUAGAUACACGGGGUUUCUCGAAAGAGUUUGACCCGUGCAUCGACGAGAUCGUCCUAUCGACACUCCAGAUUUAUCGUCAAGCGCGCGCCAUCCUGCUACCGACGCCGGCCAAAUGCCAUUAUCUGUUCAACUUGCGCGACUUUUCGCGCGUUAUACAGGGCGUGCUGUUAUCCGUGCCGGAAGGGACGGAAACGCUCAACAGUAUGCGGCGCCUGUGGGCGCACGAGAUACUGCGUGUGUACGGUGAUCGGCUGGUGGACGACGGUGACCGCGAGUGGUUGUUCGAGGAACUUUGCACCGUCAUCCGGGAGUACAUGAAGGAGGACCCGAAAGAUCUGUUCGAUCGAUUCGUGGAAGGCAACGAGCUCACGGAAACAUCACUGCGUGCGCUGAUGUUCUGUGACUUCACCAAUCCGAAAGCGGACACCAAACUCUACCUGGAGGUGAUGGAUAUCGAAGAGCUGAGCUUCGUUGUGGAGUCCUACAUGGUGGAGUACAACAACAUGUCCAAGAAGCCGAUGUCGCUAGUGCUGUUCCGGUUUGCGAUUGAGCAUCUGUCGCGGAUCUGUCGGAUCAUUAAGCAACCGCGAAGCCACGCACUGCUCGUUGGUGUGGGAGGUUCGGGCCGACAGUCACUAGCCCGUAUAGCGUCCCACAUUUGCUCGUAUGAGCUCUAUCAGGUGGAAAUAUCCCGCCAGUACGGUAUGGCCGAGUGGCGUGAAGAUAUGAAGAACCUGCUGAAGAAAGUGUGCGGUGCCGAUCAGCACAUCUGCUUCCUGUUUACGGACACGCAGAUUAAGGAGGAAGGUUUCCUGGAGGAUAUUAACAACUUGCUCAACUCCGGCGAGAUUCCCAACCUGUUUACCAACGAGGAAAAGUCGGAGAUCAUCGAGAAGAUGCGCCAAAUGGAUCGCCAAAAGGAGAAGAGUCAGCAAACUGAUGGUAGUUUGGUGGCAUUAUUCAACCUUUUUGUAACAAUUAUACGAGAUCAGCUGCAUAUAGUACUGUCGAUGUCACCGAUCGGCGAUGCGUUCAGGAAUAGGGUUCGAAAGUUUCCUUCAGUAGUGAACUGCUGUACCAUUGACUGGUUCCAGCCGUGGCCGAAGGACGCACUGACGGCAGUGGCGACAAAGUUUUUGUCGACGGUUGAAAUGACGGACAUGGAGCGCCAGUGCUGUAUCGAUAUGUGCAUGGAGUUUCACACCAGCACCCAGCAGCUCUCAGACGAGUUUCUGUUGCGCUUGAAGCGGUACAAUUACGUCACCCCAACAUCAUACCUGGAGAUGAUCCAUACCUUCAAGACUUUGCUUGACAAGAAGCGCACUGAGGUGUUGACAGGUAAGAAUCGCUAUCUGACGGGUCUGAAGCAACUGGAAUCGGCUGCUCUACAGAUCGGUGUGAUGCAGGAACAGCUCGAAGCCGUCCAGCCGCAGAUGAAGAUCGCUGCCGAAACAGUUGCCCAGCAGAUGGCUAAGGUGCAGGCCGAUAGUGAGGUGGCAGCUGAGCAAAAGCAGAUGGUUGAAAAGGAUGAAGCGGCCGCACAGGAGCAGGCGGCUGCUGCCAACGCCAUAAAGGAGGUGUGCGAUGCGAAGCUGGCUGAUGCGAUGCCUAUCUUGGACGCUGCCAUGGAAGCCCUGAACACACUAACGCCGGCGGAUAUUACGAUCGUAAAAACGAUGAAAAGCCCACCGAUAGGGGUGAAGGUCGUGAUGGAGGCGGUGUGCAUAUUGAAGGAUCUGAAGCCAGACCGAGUGCAGAACCCGUCCGGUAUGGGCAUGGUGGAAGACUACUGGGGUCCGUCGAAGCGAGUGCUGGGCGACAUAAAGUUCAUGGAUGGUUUGCUAAACUUCGAGAAGGAUGAUAUUCCGCCGAAGGUGAUACAGAAGCUGGAGGAGCGUGUCUUCACCAACGAAAACUUUGAUCCGGAAAAGGUGAAGGCGGCGUCAACGGCUGCGGAAGGAUUGUGCAAAUGGGUCAUAGCGAUUGCAAAGUACGAUAAGGUAGCAAAGGAGAUUGCACCGAAGAAGGCAGCAUUGGCCGAAGCUCAAGCGAGUUAUAAUUCCGCAAUGACGAUACUGAAUGCAAAGCUGGAGCAACUACGUAUCGUCGAAGAGAAUCUUGCCGAUCUACAACGCAAGCUGGACGAACAGAUUGCUCAACACGCAAAGCUGCAAGCGAAUGUGGAGCUGUGCAUGAAGAAGCUGGAACGCGCCACGGAGAUCAUUACCGGUCUGGGCGGUGAGAAAGACCGCUGGCAGACGACGGCAGAAGCUCUGGCACUUGUCUACGACACGCUCACCGGUGACGUGCUGAUUGCAUCUGGUAUCGUUGCGUACUUGGGACCCUUCACGAUGCAGUUCCGGGCCCAACAGAUCGCACAGUGGAUCGAACGGUGUACGGAUCGUGGAAUCAUCUGUUCCCAGGACUUUCAGCUCGUCAAUGUACUGGGAAACCCGGUGGAUAUUCGGGCGUGGAAUAUCUUCGGUUUGCCCAGUGAUGCGUUUUCGGUGGAGAGUGCUAUCAUCAUUCACAACGCUCGACGCUGGCCUCUGAUGAUCGAUCCUCAAGGGCAGGCCAACAAAUGGGUACGCAAUAUGGAGAAAGCGAACCGCAUUUGUAUAAUACGGCUCUCACAGCCUGACUAUACACGCGUACUGGAGAACGCCAUACAGUUUGGUCUACCAGUGCUACUGGAGAACGUCGGCGAAGAGAUCGAACCAAUGCUGGAACCGAUUCUGUUGAAACAAAUCUUCCGACAGGGGGGAACAAUGUGCAUCAAGCUGGGCGACUCAAUCAUCGAGUACAAUGAUUCGUUCAAGUUUUACAUCACGACAAAACUCCGUAGUCCCCAUUACUUGCCGGAAAUAGCGGUGAAGGUGACGCUGCUGAACUUCAUGAUCACCCAGACCGGACUGCAGGACCAGCUGUUGUCGAUAACGGUGGCUCGCGAACGGCCCGAACUCGAGACGGAAAAGAACGCAUUGAUCGUGCAAGGGGCGGAGAACAAGCGGCAGCUGCAGGAGAUCGAAGACAAGAUCCUGCAGGUCCUCUCGUCCGAGGGUAACAUUCUCGAGGAUGAAACCGCUGUAUCGGUCCUAAGCUCGUCGAAAACGCUGGCCAACGAGAUCAACGAGAAGCAAAUCGUUGCCGAGGGGACCGAACGUCAGAUCGAUGCGGCCCGUCUGCAGUACACGCCGAUAGCGGCCCACUCGACGGUGCUGUUCUUCACGAUUGCCGACUUGGCCUGCAUCGAUCCGAUGUAUCAGUACAGCCUGAACUGGUUCGUAAACCUCUUUACCGCGGCUAUCGACAAUACCGAGAAGGUGGAUGAGGUGCCAGCCCGCUUGGAGGAUCUUAGGACCUACUUUACGUACAGCCUUUACGAGAAUAUCUGCCGCAGCCUGUUUGAGAAGGACAAAAUACUGUUCUCGCUACUGUUGGCCACCAACCUGCAGCGGGACGCCGGCCAGCUCGGGUCGCCCGAGCUGAUGUUUUUGCUUACCGGCGGUGUGGGCUUGGACAAUCCCGAGCCCAACCCGGCCCCCGGUUGGCUGCCGGACAAAAACUGGGAUGAGAUCUGCCGGUUGACGGUGUCGUUUGAAGAAUUCGGCCCGCUGAAGGACCAUGUGGUUCAGAAUCUGGAGAACUGGAAGCGGUACUUUGACGACGAUACACCGCACGAAGCGUCCAUUCCGGAGCCAUGGCAUUCGACGCUGUCAGCGUUCCAGAAGCUGCUGGUACUUCGAUGCUUUCGGGCGGAUAAGUUGGUACCCGCGAUCGAGUUAUAUGUGGCAGAAACAAUGGAACCGAAAUACGUGGAACCUCCGGCCUUCAAUUUGGCUGCAUCGUACGAGGAAUCGAACUGUUGUGUGCCGUUGAUCUUCGUGCUGACACCGGGUACCGAUCCGACGGCCACGCUGAUAAAAUUUGCCGACGCCCAGGGUCUGGGGGCAAAUCGGCUCUUCUCACUUUCGCUCGGCCAGGGUCAGGGUCCGAUCGCAACCAAAAUGAUCGACGAAGGUACCAAGUUCGGCAAUUGGGUUCUGCUGCAAAACUGUCAUCUCGCCCAAAGCUGGAUGCCGACGCUCGAGAAGAUCUGCGAAAGCUUCCAGCCGGACACAACGCAUCCCGACUUCCGGCUCUGGCUAACCUCCUACCCGACGGAACACUUCCCGGUGGUGGUGCUGCAAAACGGAAUCAAGAUUACCAACGAACCACCGAAGGGUUUGCGCAUGAACGUGUCGCGCUCGUUCAUGAGCGAUCCAAUCUCGAACGUCGAAUGGUUCGAGGCGUGCAAACAAUCGGCCAACUUCAAGAAGCUCCUGUUCAGUCUGUGCUUCUUCCACGGCAUCGUGCAGGAGCGACGCCAGUUUGGUCCGAUCGGUUGGAACAUACCGUACGAGUUUAACGAGACCGAUCUGUGCAUCAGUUUGACGCAGUUGCGAAUGUUUUUGGACGAGUACGAGGAGGUACCGUAUGUCGCACUGCGCUACCUGACCGGAGAGUGCAACUACGGUGGCCGGGUGACGGACGAUUGGGAUCGUCGGUGUUUGAAUACGAUUCUCGCAAAGUUCUACACGGCGGACGUGCUGGAGAACGAGAGUUACAUAUUUGACGAGGCGGGACUGUAUCCGGUGCCGGAGCUGAAGGAGCACGAAGAGUUUGUCGCGUUUAUACGAGACCUGCCGAUUAUUGCACGUCCCGGUGUUUUUGGACUUCACGAGAACGCGGACAUUAUCAAGGAUCAAAAGGAAACGGACACUUUGCUGGCCAAUACGCUCAAAACACAGGAUCGUACGGAUUUGCUGCAAAUGAAGAUUCUUGAGGAUCUCAAGAACACAUCGACCGGUGUGUUCAAGGAAACUCCUGCCGAGCUUGUGAUUCGCGUAUCGUCGGACAUCUUGAAGCGUCUCCCGCCAGAGUUCGAUCGUGACGCCGCACUGGAGAAGUAUCCGACCGACUAUCAUCAGAGCAUGAAUACGGUACUGGUGCAGGAAAUGGUACGGUUUAACAACCUACUCAUCUGCAUCCGGGGCAGCCUCCAGACGGCUCGCAAAGCCAUGCAGGGUCUGGUCGCCAUGUCACCAACCGUGGAAGAGGUGGUUAGCGCGAUACUGGUCGGCAAAAUCCCAUCCGUAUGGGCAAAGCGUUCCUACCCGAGCCUGAAACCGCUCGGCUCGUACAUUGUGGACUUUAUCGCACGGUUAGAAUUCCUGCAACAGUGGUACGACGACGGCCCGCCAGCAACAUUCUGGGUGUCGGGCUUUUUCUUCACGCAGGCAUUUUUGACCGGCGCACAGCAAAACUUUGCCCGCAAGUACGUCAUACCGAUUGAUCUGCUGGUGUUCGAUAAUGAAGUGUUGCCGGGAACGGACAUCACGGAACCGCCGGAAGAUGGAGUGUACGUGUACGGGUUGUUUUUGGAAGGCACCAGAUGGGAUAGGGAAAAAGGCUAUCUGCAGGAGUCUAUACCACGCGUUCUGUUUGAUACGGUGCCAUACAUACUGCUGAAACCGAUGAAGAAAGAUGAUUUUGUUGCGCGGCACACGUACCGCUGUCCGGUUUACAAGACGGCCGAAAGGCGCGGUACGCUUUCCACGACGGGCCACAGUACGAACUUUGUCAUAGCGUUGUUGCUGAACUGCGAUCCCAAUGUGAAUCCGGACCAUUGGGUCAUGCGUGGUGCGGCUAUGCUUUGUCAGCUUAGUCACUAA